AUAAGCAAACUUAUUUUUGUCCGCAAAUAAUAAAGCAAAAAUAGUAGUUUUUCAUAAGCGCAUUUAUUUUGGAACCUUAAUGAUAUGUUUCAUUUUUUAAAAGUAGAUUAUUAUCAGUAUCGAAAUGGUUCUAAUUGUAGCUACCUGGGGGGACAUACAACUAUGGAAGGUUGGCACCAUCUAUUGAAGGUUUUGCAUAAUGACUUGUUACAGAAUAACUUCAAGUAUUUUUCUUUCUUUGAUACUCAUCGUUUCCGUUGUAUUAAACACAACAGCUAGUUAUAUUAUGCUGUUUAAAGUAAAGAAAGUAGAACUGACGCACUUAUUUAUUGUAAGCCUCUCAAUUACAAAUUUGCUGGAAUCAAUAAUUGGAUUAAUACCUCAGAUAAUAAUUUCAGAUGAAUCAGUGUUGAGAAAAACUCCAAUGUGUAUUGUCAGCGGUUUUGCAGUUUUUGGGUUUGCUGUAACAAGUAUAACUCAUAUGUCAUUGUUUUCUUUGAUUAGAACUGUAAUUGUAAAGUACCCAUUUUUUUAUUUCCAAAAAUGCAAAGCGUUUUAUUAUAAAGUAGCAUUGAUUUUAAGUUGUUAUGUUUAUGGUUUUAGUUGGGCAACGUUUCCUUUUAUUGGUUGGUCUAAAUACGAAAUAGAUCUCGAUAAAAAACGCUGUUCAUUAGAUUGGAAGUUGAGUCAACCUGAGUCUCGAUCUUUUUUUCUUGCAGUUUUAAUCUUCUGCAAUAUUUUGCCUGGAAUUGUAAUAGCAUUAGGGUUAUACUACAGCACAAAGAUAAUUAAUCGUCGAAAAGCUUGUAAAUUUCGCCAGGAUAAAAAAAAGAGACUUGUUAAUAUUUUAGAAAUAGAAUAUUUGAAAGUAAAUUUUUUAUCAGCUGCAAUAUACUUUGUCAUUUGGACACCCUACGCAGUUGUUAGCAUUUUGACAUUGCUGAAAAUCACUGUUCCAGCAUAUGUAGUGACAGUCUGUGCUUUAUUUUCCAAACUAUCUACCAUUUCUAAUGUUCUGAUUAAUUGCUUUAUUAAUAGGUAUUUUCAAAAGCAUUUGCUUAACUUAGGAUUGAUUAAAUUUUUGGCUAAUUCAACUUUUAAAAGACGCUUGAAGAACCAUCCUUCAACAAUUUUUUUUAAGUUAGAGCGAAAAUAGUUCUUCAUAACUUUUAUUAAAGCGAAAAAUAUAAUAAGUUAAACGGUUUAACCGCAAUAAGCCCCAGUUUUUUAACGCCCGUUAUUAUUUUAACAUUUUUUAUUUUAAAUUAGAUAUUGUUUUUUUCUGUUUUAGGAUUAU